ACACACCCAGAGGAUGUUUAUGUUUAUGGCAUUGUCAAGAAAUACUCUCUUGUUGUGCCACUUAGGAGUUUUAAUCUAAUAACUGGUCAUUUUUCUCUAAUCAAAGAUACAAACAUAAAACACAUAUUUAAAUAAUUUAUUACAGUUUUUUUCAGUCGCUAACAAGCGUUUGUCCAAACAGUUGUCACAUUUUCAAAACUCUAAACACAAUUAGCACAGCAUCAGUCUUUUGUGGCCAUACCAUUCACACAUUUCAUGUCGCUUUCACACAAUAUGCAAUCAGUGAACACAUUUCCACAAUGCUUACAUUUUCUUAACAGACAAGUUAUACCUCCCAACAAAAUUAUGGAUUGUUUUUGUAGUAUUCACAAAUGUUAACACACAACAUCACACAAUAGCAAAAACAAUAUUCCAAACCUUAGAUACAGUAUAAAAACCUCUGCUUCUGCAAUGAUAUCAGUUCAAAAACAAUAUAUCUCAGUAAAUAAUAAACAAACAAUUGAAUAAUUGACACACAGCUGAUUUAUGUUGGGUGAAUUGGGCCAACCACAGCUGAUUCCAGUCUGGCUUAGACUCAGUGGCAGGGGUUAUUUUUUUCUAUUACUAUAAAAUGAGGACUUUGAGGAGUGAUGUUUUUGGAAACAGAAACAGAAAAAGACAAACAUUGUAAUGUCUGGACGUGGAAGAGGAAGAGCAAGGGGCCCAGGGAGAAGACCAGCUCCAGUGAGAGAUGCAGGGCCAGGGAGAGGUGCAGUGAGAGGUGCAGUAGGAGGUGCAGGUGCAGUGAGAGGUGCAGGUGCAGGAAGAGGAGCAGGCCCAAGGUAGAGGUGUAAGAAUGCGUGGUGGUGCCAUUCCAAGGGCUGCAAGAACAGUAGUCAGUGAUGAAAUUCGUGCCACUAUCAUUGACUAUGUAAUCAACCACAGUCUCUCACUAAGAGAGGCUGGUGAAAGAGUGCAACCCAAUUUGAGGCGGUCGACGGUUGCCUCCAUUAUUCACAUCUUUCAACAAACCAACAGAAUGCAAUGUCUUCCACCCUCUAGGGGAAGAGGAAAGCUCCUCAAUAAUGAUCAAGAGCUUGCCAUUGUAGAAAUGGUUGUUGCAAAUAAUGCAAUAAAAAUGCAUGAAAUUAAAACUAGAAUUGUGGAGGAUCAUGAGAUAUUUGGCAAUAUAGAAAGCAUCAGCCUCACAACCAUUACACGGACAUUGUCCAAACACAGAGUGCGGAUGAAGCAGUUCUACACUGUUCCCUUUGAGAGGAACAGUGAGAGAGUCAAGGAGCUACGACGACAAUAUGUCCAGAGAGUUAUGGAAUUGAAGGCCAACCAGGCCCCUCAUGAAUUCAUUUACAUAGAUGAGGCAGGAUUCAAUCUAUCCAAAAGGUGUCGACGUGGACGAAAUAUAAUUGGAAAAAGGGCCACAGUUGAUGUGCCAGGACAUAGAGGGGCAAACAUUACCAUGUGUGCAGCAAUGGCAAAUGCAGGAUUACUCCUUCACAGAUGUCAGGUUGGACCCUAUAAUACCGAGCGCCUCCUUGCCUUUCUCAAUGAUCUCCACCAGUGCCUGGUACCAGAGCAGGAUCAGGAGGGUGAAAGCAUAAGGACCUUUGUAAUUACCUGGGACAAUGUUGCUUUCCAUCAUUCGCAAGCAAUACAGUUUUUUUCAGUCGCUAACAAGCGUUUGUCCAAACAGUUGUCACAUUUUCAAAACUCUAAACACAAUUAGCACAGCAUCAGUCUUUUGUGGCCAUACCAUUCACACAUUUCAUGUCGUUUUCACACAAUAUGCAAUCAGUAAACACAUUUCCACAAUGCUUACAUUUCCUUAACAGACAAGUUAUACCUCUCAACAAAAUUAUGGAUUGUUUUUGUAGUAUUCAAGAAUGUUAACACACAACAUCCCACAAUAGCAAAA